AUGUUCGGCCAAGGUCAACGACCGCUGGACCAUGAAGAAGACAUUCUGUCAGGGGACGAGAAUUCGUCAGCUGUGUCAGGCGUGAAUCGUGCGCCGGGCACGAGACCGAAGCGGAGGAGCGUGUUUGAAGGCCUGGCGAUGGAGGAACAGUGGAGACAAGCGAGGAAGGAGCUGAAGUGGUCUCUUUUUUUCGACCUGCUUGGUCUUGGGUUAUGGGGGGUGGAGUUCGUAUGGAUCUUGAUUGGGCCGAGGUGUCCACUCGGCGAGUAUGACGGAUGGUGCACUGCGUUUAACCUCGCCUCUGCCUGCACCUGUCUAUUGUGCGUCACCUUUGGUAUCAGUGUAUUUUUCGACAUCAAGGAUUUGUAUGCAAGCAAGUCUUCUCCUCGCACACGGACAUAG